UGAUGAAGCAGCAGUUCCGCCAGGCCUCCGGCAUUCCUGGCAUUGUGGGCUGCAUCGAUGGGACUCAUGUCCAGAUCCAGGCACCAUCUGAGCACGAGUAUCUGUAUGUCAACCGCAAGGGAUAUCAUUCAAUCAAUGUACAGGUUGCUUGUGACGCCCGUUAUUACAUCUUCAAUUUGGUGGCAAGAUGGCCUGGAUACACCCACGACGCUCGCAUCCUGCGGGAGAGUGCAUUGUAUCAGGAGUUUGAGGCUGAACGGGUGACGGGGCUGCUGCUGGGUGACAGUGGCUACCCACUGACACGCUGGCUGAUGACACCAAUGGUCGCACCGAGGACUCAGCAAGAGCGCCGGUAUAACACCAUCCACGCCGCCACUAGAUCAGUUGUUGAGCGAUGUAUUAGAGUCCUCAAGCGCAGGUUUCACUGCCUUCACGGGGAGAUGCGCAUGCAACCAGAGAGAGUCUGCUCUGUGGUCGCAGCAUGCACGGUCCUCCAUAACAUCUGUAUCACCAAGAGGAUCCCUCUCCCCAGGCAACACCAUCAGCCAGUGCAGGAGGAAGAAGAGCACCCUGCAGUCCCUGUAGUGUGGGAUGACAUCGGUGGACGUCUAGUCUGUGCACACCUAAUUAACACCUUAAGUUCUCACAGAUCUCUUAUUGUUUAAAAAAAUGUUAAUCAGCUCCUUGUCAAACUAUUUCCAAUGUAUUGUUUCAGUUCAAAAUAAUUCCUGGCUAAAUGCCUGCUCAUUGUAAAGAAAACAAAUGA